UCUGUUUAAUUUCUGUGUAAUUUCUGGAAAUGCGGGAUUCCCCGAAUUAUUGAAAAAGUAAAAACGUACAUAAUGUAUUGUACACACAAUUUAGUUCCUAUUUGACAAUUAUAAUUGAAAGAUCGUUAGUUUUUGCUGAUUUUUAACAAGUGCUAAGUAAAAUAAAGUAGAAGCUCAUAUAAUUUUGGUAGACCAAUAACAGCCAUACCCAUGUUACAUAAUUCUCCUGCAUUAAAAAUGAGGAAAGCGAUCAGCUUAGAUACCAAAAUCAAAAUUUUAGAUCAACUUGCAACGGGACAAGGCGCAACGGUUGUGGGAAAUAAUUUCGGAAUCCAUGAAGCUACUGUAAGAACAAUUAAAAAAAAUGAAACGGCAAUUAGAGCAUCAGUAUGUUCUGGAACAAAAUUAAGUGCAAAGUCAUCAUCGUAUGUAAGGGAUGUUGUUAAAGAGAAAAUGGAAAAAGCUUUGGUAAUCUGGAUAGAAGACAAAUCCCAAAAGAGAAUACCAGUAGACAGACUUGCUAUCAAGCAGACAGCAUUAAGAAUCUAUAAACGUAUCCAGGAAAUUGAUCCAGAUACAUCAUCUCAGUCAAAACAACAUGCAUUUUCCGCAAGUACUGGUUGGAUGACUGGUUUUUUAAAAAGACACGCUCUCCACAAUAUAAAAAUUAAGGGAGAAACUGCAUCCGCUGAUGAAUUGGCUGCUAAAGAAUUUCCCGAAAAACUAAAAAAAAUUAUUGAAGAUGGAGAAUAUACUCCAGACCAAGUUUGGAAUUUAGAUGAAAGCGGCCUUUUUUGGAAGAGAAUGCCUAGAAGAACUUAUGUAGCAAAAUCGCAGAAAACAGCCGGUGGUUUUAAAGUAGCAAAGGACCGUAUUACGUUGUUGUUUUGUUCCAAUGCUUCAGGAGAACGUAUUCUUAAGCCACUCCUAGUACAUCGUGCCUUAAGACCACGUUCCAUGAAAAGUGUAGAUUUCAAUAAAUUGCCUGUACACUGGAUGGCGAACAAAAAGGCUUGGGUAACCAGUGCAAUUUUCACAGAGUGGUUUCAGAAGCACUUCAUCCCAGAAGUUAGGCGCUACAUGAAAGAAAAAUGUCUCGAAUUUAAAGUUCUUUUGAUUCUAGACAAUGCACCAGGCCAUCCAGUUUUGGAGCACCCAAACGUACAAUUUUGUUUUUUGCCGCCUAAUACCACUUCCCUUAUACAGCCACUAGACCAGGGGAUAAUUGCUACGUUUAAAACGUAUUACAUAAGAAGUUCAUUUCAUUAUGUUGUAGAAAAACUUGAUAAUUAUGAGGAAUCAUCAGUCAUAGAUGAAUGGAAAAAAUUUUCUAUAAUGGACUGCAUUAAUCAAGUCAAGAUCGCGUUAGAUUUAUUAAAGCCAUCAACUUUGAACUCGUGUUGGAAAAAUAUUUGGCCAGAAUGCGUAAAAUGCAAAGAUCCUGUUAUCGAUAAUAACGCUGAACUUGCUGAUAUAAUAACAAUGGCCAAUGCAAUCGGUGGGGAUGGAUUCGAUGACCUAUCGUUAGCAGAUGUAGAAGAAUUGUUGGUAGUUGAAAGCUUGAGCGAAAAUGAAAUUAUCGAAUUCACCCUUGAGACUCGUUAUGAUAAAGAACAUAGUGACAGUGACGAAAGAGAUCGUCCAAUUUUGAAAGCAUCUCUAAUUAAAGAAGGUCUUGAUCUCGCUACAAAAUUAGGUAGUCAUUUUGAACAACAUGAUCAUGACGAGGAACGAGCUGCCAAAUUUCAACGUGAACUGAAAUCAUUAAUGGCAUCUUACAGGGAAGUUUAUAAUGGGUUAACGCGAAAUAAAACUCAAUCUAAGAUAACUGAUUUCGUUCAAAAAUCUACUGAUGUCCCAACACAGUCGGCUAGAAAUGAUAAUGAUCAACAAAAUCAUUCCAGUGAUGGCAGUGAUAUUGUAGUCUUUCGCAAACGUUUACGUUUAUUAUCAGACAGUGACAAUAAAUAAAACUGUUUAAUGUUUAAAUUUUUCUUAUGGUUGUACUUUAUGUUAUUUAAG